CUCCCCAGCGUCUCUGCAGCCGAUCCCAUAUGGGCCUCCGACAAUCUUGAAUGCUUCCUUCGGUCAAGUUAGGGACGGAGUGGUCUGAGUCGGUCUUUGGAGUUUGGCCGCAUCGCAAUGUUCUAUUUCACCUUCUCCAUUCUUUCUUCGCUUUUUCUUUCUUGAAAUAUGGUGGACGUUCUCAGUCCUUUGUCUGCUCGUCCGCCGACUCCACCGAGGACUGCAUCACGCACGCUGUCUGAGAAAGGCCGGACAGAACAGUCGCCAGUGAUUGUGCAGACGCCCGUCGAAUCUCCCUUUCCUCCGAACGGCUCUACCGGUGCCCCUUCAAGUCGUCAAUCGAAGCGUGUCAAUUUCUCACCAUGGCCGAAAUACAUCAAGCCCCCGACGUUCACCAAUGCGAAAUCGAAAGUCCUUCUUCCUUCGAACGAAUGUAAACCCGCUCGGUCUAUACUCAAGGCAACAAACUCGCCCGGUCCCCUCUCUUUGUCAGAAGUUACAUCGUAUACUCCCGAAACAUUCGCGAUGCUGUUGGAAUCUGUCACCCAGCAACUGGCUGGAGACAAGACAAGUUCGAGGAGUGAUGCCUAUAUGCAGUUUUUCAAUGCAUUGAGGGCAUACGAAAAAGUUCCAACCGAGGAGGAGAUCGUGCGCAAGCUGGGGUUGAUUACACAAUUUAUCCAACGCGAUGUCAGCCGGGACCUUACGAAAGGAGGGCCAUUGGAAACAAAUGUCGUAAUUCAGGCCCUAAAGCUCUCCGUGGUGUUUGUCUGGCAUCCUCAAAUCUCUCCGCAUCUUCCUGAUGACUUCAAACUUUUCCUUGUCGAUCAUGCAGUCAGCUGCCUUGAAAAUGGCAGACUUCCGAAAUCUGUCUUGAUCCAUUACCUCUCCGUUCUAUCUCAGCAAAAGUACCAACCGCGGAUAAUAACGAAUGCUCGAAUCUCUCGCCUACUUACAAUGCUGAAUAGCCUCACCGACAAAGUGAAAGGGAACGGGAUAGUCUCUCAACGUCUUAUGAUUUAUGAGCGCAUAUUCGAGCUGAACAAAUCCGCGUUUGUUUCCCAGCCGGCCUUAUGGAUGAAUCACAUCCUGUCUGGAUUGCUUCAUCAUGUCAAAGACGUCAGACUGAAGGCGCUAGAUGUUGGUUUCAAUGCCUACAUGAGUGCGGGAGCCAACUCGACCUUGUCAAAAACUCUUCGCGAUAUUUUCGACCAGCCUCUCGAUCAACAUAAGAGGAAAUUGGCGUCAGAAAUAUGCGAGCGUAUGACGCGCAUGAUGGCUAACCCCGAGACAGGAGAACACGUUCCUCAAAUAUGGGGUGUCCUGACAUUGCUCUUGCGAAACAAGCGAUUCAACAUUGACCAGUGGCCGCAUUUCAAGGAAUGGGUUCUUGUGCUCCAGAAAUGCUUCAACUGCAGCGAUCCUGAGAUCAAGUCCAGAGCUAUCACGAACUGGAAUCGCUUCGUUCUAGUGGUCAAUAUCAGCGAGGCAACCUCCCGGUCCUUACUGCGGAUGCUGAGCAAGCCGAUACUCUCUCAAUUUGAGAGGAAGAAGAUAGACAAGCAAAACACACAGCCCAGCGGAUUAGUGGUUUCCAGUUACCACAAUCUUCUCUACUACGCCUUCCGUCCUGAUGCGUCUUUCCACCAGCUAGACAUCGUUUGGGAAGAAUACAUCGCAUUACCGUCGGAAAAGACGUUCUCGGUGGUGUCGAGUCUAAGCGAUCGCGCUGCCCAUGCCAUUUCUCAUAUGUUAUGGAGCUCGCAACCGCUUAAGGCUUGGUCGGAGAAUCGAGUAAAUGAGCUGAAAAGAAUUGUUGCCGAAGAACUACCUCCUUUGGAUUGCAAGUGGGUUAGGUCCAGAAUCGCCACUGUUCUUAAGGUCUUUGAGUCCUUGCUGAAGUCGUCUGUCUGGGAAACCGAGCCGCGAACGUCCAACAUAGCCGCUGCGUGGACAAAUCUCAUCCAGGCUCUCGCAUUUGCCGCAAGCAAGGAGAUAACGCCUUCUCCUGAGUCAAUGCAGGCGGUGGCGCAUGUACUGGCCUUUCUCCAGCGCAUCUGGAAAGCAAGGCCAUUGUCACUCAAUGCUUUCGAGAUAGAGUCGGAGGAUACCUACUUCGACCGCUUCGCUUUUCUGUCGACUACCAUGGUGAAUGCGCUUGGUAAUAUCCCAGUUACAGAGAAAUUACUUUUGAAGACAGCAGAAGCGGCAUACCCAAAUGUUAACACCUCUACAAACCGCCAUUCAACCGCCAGUAACCAUCCUGACAGCCCUAUUCUGCACCUGCUCCGUCUUAUUAGCAAUGUUUCGGGCCUUCCGACACCGAAAAUUGCUUACUCUCGCCUGAUCGGCGAGGUUGUUGGAGCCGUGUGCCACGGCAAAGUUUCGAGAGGACCCCAACUCGAUAUCCUCCGACAAUGCGUAGAUUUGGUCGAAACUGGCCAUGGAUUCGAUUCCAGCGUCGCUGGGUUCGCGGACACCGUCUGGAAAUCAACGGCCCAACUGUGUGCGGAUUGUUUGUCUUCCUUCCCCACUGAGUCAGCUCGAGAACGGGAUGGACCUUUGUUCCGCGAUUACGACAAUGUCAUCAAGAUCCUCACCGCAGGAUUGAGCUUUGCCGACAGCUCCUCAAUUUGGGAUCGACUUUUGGGUACAUUUAUGAGCGUCCUGCGUACCGAAAAAGGAGACUCGGCUGUGUCAGCAAUAGCACUUGCACCUCUGGCGGCUGCAAUGAACUCGCUCACGGUCCAUGAGACGUACUUCCCAGCAUCCUCAAUCAUCAGGCAUUGCCUAACAGUUCCUUUCCAUUACUGGGACAGAAACAUGAUGAACCAGCAAAAAGGAGAGUUCAGCGAGCCGCCAUUCCCUACCGAAAUAGUCGGACUUGUCCACGGGAUCCUCAAGGAGUCUUACGAUAACUUCACAAAUUCUCAAGGUACGGGUCUUGCUGAAUUUAUGGAGUCGGUAGUAUCAUUCCUUGGAUCAGGUAGUAUUAUUUUCCGCUGCAUGCUCCUCGAGAAGCUCCAAGAACCCUUUGGCUACUACCUGAGGGAUGUUGCUGGUCACUUGAAGGUUGAAGGAGGCUGUGAAAAGAGGAUGUUGAUUGCUUGCCAGGAGCUAUCGGCAGCUAUCUUGAAUAUUCUGGGUGCUCUACCUCGCAAUGAUGCGACAUUGCAACGAUUCGAGCGCACCUUCUGCUCGGGUUUACGCGCGUCCGAGUAUACCAGGGCUGAACAAUUUCUCGCUUUUUGGAAUUCUGCUUUUGAGUGUCAGCUGAACCCAGGCUGCCCUAUCCACUUACACAUUGCGGUACAGGACGUCAAAACCAGGGUUAGUUAUGUGAGGCGAGGCGGCUUGCCAAUGGGAAAUAUAGAUGGUAUCCCGCAUACCAUUCCCAGCCAGAACACGACGAUCACUUCUAAGGAUGUACCGGCAAAGUCUCGCAUUACAUUCAUUUUAGACGCUCCUCCAGGAAACCCUUUCUCCGAACCUACAGAUCCAUCGUCUGCAACGAAGGUCGCGGCUCCACAGGAGACAAGACCGAUUGAGCAAACUCUCCCAGGGGUUGCCCCCACCAGUAACACAAAUGGCAAUGAAAGUCCCGCUCUACCAGUGUCCGAUAAUGAACACGCCGCCCAGCAUAGCCAAGUGUUUUCGAUGAUCGACAACCUUCGCUCAUCAUCUCCAAUGGGAAAUACACCACGGGCGCUCGGGUUUAUGACACCGCCUCACCUGCGCAACCUGCGAAACGAAGAUUCCGGCACAGAGACUCCUAAGACACCUACGAUACCAGCGGUGUCGGCAGACAACGAAGACACAUUCCUCGGCUCAUCACCGACACCUGCUAUUAGAGGUCGGACCUCAUCGGUAGCAUCCGCGGUACCUCCUUCGUUUUCUGCCGUCAAUAAUGACGCGAUGGAGGUCGAUCCUCCCUCAUCCCCUCCCGAGCUUGACCGGCAGACUCCAGAUUCUCGACAACCGUCGCCCACGAAAUCUUCUGCUGUCAAAGAUAGUGGUGGGAAGGGCAAGAAGAGAAAUCGGGCGAGGCGGUCCAGACGAUCUCAGCUGUCGCAGGUGGCUAACAAGGAAAAUGCCGACACCAGCACUUCGCAAAAUGAGCAAAGUGAACAAAGCGAUGUCAAUGUAGAGACAAAACCUGGGCGGGGAUUGAGAACCCGUCUUCGCUCUUCUACAGAUAAGAGCUUCACAAAGGAUGAGGAGACCGCUCCUCAACAGGCUGAAGAAAUGCCCAAGGCACUGUCUAUUGAACCCAUCCAUGAGCCUAUCGAUCAGCCUGUCUCAGCACCUGAGAACAAGGUCACCGACGGGCGCGACGAGCACCUGGAGAAACAACAACCCGAGCAACCCGAUGCCGCCGCAGACUCCAGCGAUGACACAGACACACAGGCUACCUCGCAACUAGAGUACGAUCUAGUCUCCGCUGUGGACCUGGGCAGCGACGCACCCCACUCAGAAGUGCCAGACUCGGCGGAUCCAGCCCCGGUUACCCGCAAACGAAAGCGAGACGAAGAAGCCGAGACAUCCACGCAGUCUAGCAAAGAGAGACGUCGUUCCUCAAGACUCUCCUCUAGCGCUGCCCCAGCAGUCCAAGUUGAGGACAGCCAGCCUGCUCGGCCGAAGAAGCAAAAGGUCGUUACUGUCACUCAAGAAGCACAGUCUUCUUCAGCUGUCACAGCAGAAGACACGCACGAAGCCGAACCCGCUGCUAGGGGAGGCAAGUCGCCUAAGCCUGAAAGCAAGGCAAAGAAGGAGAAAGGAAACGGCAAGGCGCCAGAAACCCAGGAAUCUUCGCAGAAACGGCGAUCAGGCCGUAUCAGUGGUGUUCCCGCACCUGAUAUCCCAGAAGAAAGUCCCGUCUCGAAGAAAUCUCCUCUUCCGAAGAAAUCGCCUAGACCCAGUAGUGCGCGGAAGAGCAGAAAGCAGAAAGAAAGGGAGCGAAGGGCCGAAAGGCGCAAAUCCCAGCUUGCUGCGGCAGCGUCAGGGAAAGAAGAUGCACCGACAAGAGGAACACCGGACGGCGACCCAGAAGAGUCUCUUGAGCCUUCAGCUACGGACAACUCUCCGGCGGAGCCCCCUGGGACACAGAGUUCUCAACCAGACCUACAGUCCAUCAAGGAGCCCGAGGUGCAUGAAGAACCCGAAGACGUAGACAUGGCAGAAGCGCACGGGCCAAAGCCUACAACCACCCCUGCCGAGCCUGAGGCGAGCAUCUCCGUGGACCAAGCACAUCCUUCUUCAGCGGAAGAAUCAUCAGCCCUACCAGAGCCCGAGCCAGCUCAGGAACCCGAACAACGGGAGCCGAGCCCUCGGCCCACCCACGGUAUCCCAAUCACCGCUUCUCUCCGCACACUCCUCGACCAGGUCAAACUCGCCUCUUUGGACCGCGAUACUGUCAGGGAAAUGGACAACCUCCUCUUCGACUUGCGUGUCGAGAUGCACGAGGCUAUGAGGCGACACGGCGAGACUACAGCAAGCCACCAAUAGCGCUUGAAAACACACAAAAGACAAAGAAAGAGAACUAAGGAUAAAGCAGGAAAUGGAAGAUUUUGCAUAGCGAAGGCGUUUGGAAUCGGAUUUUGCACCUACAUAACCAUGCAACACGGUUUCUUUGGUAAAUUACACAUGCUACGAAGAGGGCGAGGGAGGAGUAGAUAGCGGGAGGAUCGGGGCGAGCGACACUCACUCCUCGUGUUAGUAUUCUCCCAAUAUCGGCAUUUUUUUUUUUUGUUUUGUUGCUGUUUGCUCGUCUUCUUAUCUCAUCUUACCUUCCAGAUCUUACUGAAGAAGAGUGUUUGAGUCGAGUUCUUAGCUACCUGUCUUGUAUCCCCUAUAUAGACCGUUCUUCGUCUAUGCCGACGGACUUGUCGUCAGUUAUCUUAUAUCCGAAAUCCGCAUUUCAGGUCCUUUAUCAAUGGUAGAUCGAUUCUUCCUGGUCGUAGCAGCGAACGGUCAGCCCUACUACUCGUUCACCCCGUUCGUAAUCCCUGCCAUGGGUGUGCUGGAACCUCAUUUCCACCGCGAGUUCCUGCCUGGCACAUAAUAGCAUCUGGGCUGGUUUGCGGUGUCUAUCCUCAGGUCUAUGGUUUCGCGGUGUCGGGUGUGUUUGGUGGCUUGAUUCCGUGUAGCGUAUCCGACGAUCCAGGGGCUUGGAAACCACGCUGCAAAAGACGUUCUGCUUUGACACUGUUUGACACUGGCACAUGCUACCAUUGUCAGGAAGACGGUUAUUGUUUUGGAGAUAUACAUGAAAAGUAAGCAGGCGUCUUGCAGAAUAAAAGGACCGACCGACAGAC